CGGGUUGUUGCAGGAAGUGUAGAGAUGGCGGUGGCGGUGCUGGGGGAGUCUGUGCUCGGCUGGUCCAUAUUUACCCUCAUACUGCUGGCCAUCCUGGUGUUCUGCUGGGUCUACAUCCGGAAAUACCAGAGCCGGCAGGAGAGCGAGGUUAUCUCCACCAUCACGGCGAUAUGCGCUCUGUCCGUCGCUCUCAUCACCUCGGCUCUUCUCCCCGUGGACAUCUUUCUAGUGUCCUUCAUGAAGUACCCGAACGGCACUUACAAGGACUGGGCCGCGAGCAAUGAAACCAGGAGACAAAUUGAAGACACAGUUUUAUAUGGAUACUACACUCUGUAUUCACUCAUCCUCUUCUGCGUCUUCUUCUGGAUUCCCUUCGUCUACUUCUUCUACGAGGAGAAGGACGAGGAGAACGGCAGCAGAUGUUCGCAAGCCAAAAACGCUCUGAAGUACACAGUUGGAUUUGUCAUCGUCUGUGCUGCGCUGCUGCUGAUUGGGGCCUUCGUACCACUGCAGCCUCCACCCAACCAGAACUCCACCCAGUGGGAGAAGGUCAAGUACCUGUUCGAGGAGCUGGGCAGCAACAAUGGCGUGGAAGCACUGUCGUUCUCCAUCAGUUCCCUGACCUUGAUUGGCAUGUUGGCAGUGAUUACGUACACGGCGUACGGCAUGUCCGUGCUGCCGCUGAACCUGAUCAAAGGCACGCGUAGCGUCCUGUACGAGCGGCUGGAGAACAGCGAGGACGCCGAGGAGGUGGAGCACCAGAUCGACAAGAUCAAAGCCAAGUGUGAGGAUGGUAGGCCUCUCUCUCUCCGGGAUCGGAGGAAUCUGCAGGAUCUGGAGGCUAAGCUGCAGACGCUACGUCGUCGGGGUCGCCACCUCGAGAUCGCCGAGAGGAACUGCUGCACUAAAGUGGGCAGUGCCCUCCGCCCCCUGAAGAUUCUGUUGGGCGUGUUCUUCAUCCUGGUGGCGCUGUUGUUCACCGUGGCUCUGUUCAUUUCCAAUCUGGACAAAGCCCUGCAUUCUGCUGGGAUUAGCACCGGUUUCAUCAUCUUCGGAACCAACCUGACCAACCCCCUCAAUGAGCUGCUGCUGACCUUACAGCCGGUUUUUCCUCUGGACUAUGUUCUGAUCACGGUCAUCACCAUGUACUUCGUCUUCACCUCCAUGGCAGGAAUCCGGAACAUGGGCAUCUGGUUCUUCUGGAUCAGGCUGUAUAAGAUCAGGCCUCGAAGAACCUGUCCACAGGCCCUGCUCUUCCUCUGCAUGAUCCUGCUCCUCAUCGUGCUCCACACCAGCUACAUGAUCUACAGCCUGGCCCCGCAGUACGUCAUGUACGGCAGCCAGAAGUACCUGCUGCAGACUCCACUGACCACAGAUGGUUCAGUACCAGGAAACCAGACUUCUUCCACCACCAAGAUAUGUGAUGCAGAAGCUCCAGAAGAUCAGUGCACGGUGACCAGAUCCUACCUUUUCCUCCACAAGUUCUGGUUCUUCAGCACCAUCUACUACUUCGGGAACUGGGCGUUUCUUGCAGUGUUCCUGAUUGGGUUGGUGGUUUCCUGCUGCAAAGGGAAGAAGUCUGUGAUCGAGGGCGAAGUGGAAGCGGAUGAUUCUGAUAUUAGUGAUGAUGAGUACAUUCACUAAAAACAACAAAAAAUUAUCUCAUAUAAACACACUGGAUCUUUAAACUCUUCUGACGUCAUUUAAACUCAUGAUCCAGAGAAUAGAGACGAAGAAUAGAAUUGUAUUUGGUUUGUGAGUGAUGUACAGUACCAGGAAAAAGUUUCGACUCAGACUAAGUUAAGUCAUUCAAACUAUGAAGAAAAACAUGAAUUAUUCUCAUUUUCUCAGUCAGUUUUAUGAGGUAGAGUCACCUGGAAUUCAGGCUUUCAGUUAACAGCUGUGCUGAACUCAUCAAGAGUUAAUUACUUGAAUUUCUUGUCUCUGAAUGUGUUUGAGAGCAUCAGUUGUAAAUUUGUGAAGAGGUAGAAUUAUAAAUAGUAUAAAAGGAAUUGUAAACAUUUAAUAAGAAAUUAGAAAUAGUAAUAAAAAAAUAAUAAACAAAAGGAAUACUAGUUUUAAAUCAACAUUUAAAAUAAGUGAAUAAAAUAUAUACUAUAUAAAAAAUAGAAAAUUGACAUAAAUUUAUAAAAUUAAGAAAAAAGAUUAAAAUAAUAGUAAAAGCAAAUUAAAAUUAUAGUAAUGGUAAAAUAAUGCAUAAUAAUUAACUAAGAACACUGAAAUCAAAAUAAAAAAAAAACAGAAAAAAAAUAAUACAUAAAUAAGAAUAAAAAAAAGAAGUAAAGAAAAAGUUACUUUUAGGUUAAAAGUUAAGGUUAGUCAAUCUAAAAAUAAGAAUUUCUGCAACUUUCAAAGUAUCGUCAAGUGAAGUCACCGCAAAGACCAUCAAAAACGUUUUAAUGGUGGAACUGGCACUCAUCAGGAGUUACCUUCGCAAGUAUUUUGGAUUGUUUAACACUUUUUUUAAGUUACUACAUGAUUCCUUAUGUGUUCCUUCAUAGUCUGGAUGACUCUUAAAAAUUGAGGUUUUUGAAGGAUUCUAGAUUUUGCAUAAUUUCAUAGGAACCCUUCAUUUUUAAGAGUGUAUAUACAGUAAAAUCAUCAUCAAAAAGAUAAAUAGUUAAAUAUUUGCACCAAGAAGAAAGUGUGGGAUUGUAAUGCUAUUUAAAAGGAAGAUAAAAGUUAACAAGAACAAUAAAUGAUUAAUUUUUACAGGUCCAGAACACAUUUUUGAAUUUUGCAAUGCCAGAUCUUUAUAUUUUCACCUUUUUUCUUCAACUUUAAAAGCCAAACAUGUUUGAUAUUAAUAAGGUUCUGCGACCAGUGGCUCUAAGGAACACUAUAAAAUGUUAAAGACAUGAACUAAAAUCUAAAAGAAAGCUCAUUUUAUUUACACUCUGGGUCUUAAAACUGACUUUAAAACUGACAUUUAAAUGAAAUAAAGGUCAGUUUAUCCAAAAAGAAGAAUUUCAAGAACUUUUAGUAAAGUAUCCUUAAGCGCAGUCGCCAAAAAGACCAUCAAAAACGUUAUAAUGGUGGAACUGGCACUCAUCAGGACCGCCCCUUCGGAUGCUAUUGGAAGCCCUAUCAACAUUCAACACUUUAAAUUUAUGAUCAUUUAUUGCUCUUUCUAACUUAUUUUAUCUUCCUUGAUAAAAAUCAAUGAAUCUGGGUCAUAUUUAAAUUUUGUAAAAUUGAAAAACUUAAGUUAAAUUCUUUAUUCUUUAUUUUUUAUGCUUGUGUUUAAAAAAAUGAUUUCACUUACAUUAUGGAUCCUAUCCAUUGAUUUAUUUCAUUGAUUGAUUGUUUAAAGAUAGUGGUCUUAUAUACUAACAUUUUUUUUCUUUUUCUUUUUUAAUUUAUUAAUUUAUGUAAUUUUGACCAAUAAAUCCUUUUCUUUUUUUUUUUUUCUUUUUUUUAGGUUUUAAAAAGCAGCAGUCAGUAAAAUAUAUAUGCCAUAUAUUGAGUUUGGAAAAACCCAAACAGCACCUACUUAUAGAGCCCAUCUGUUGAGGUGCAUCAGUAUUGUUAGUUGUAUUUAACAAUAUUAUAUUAUUAUAAAACAUUAAAUAAUAAAUUAAAUAUGUUAGCAUAAAUGUUACAGACUGUAGCUUUAAACAUCUUUGCAAUAAAACCAAAUGUAGUUUGAAACUGAAUAGCUAAGGCCACGCCCACACGUAUCCGUAUAUAUUUAAUAAAUCUGAAAAAAAAAAAAAAAAUAUAUAUAUAUAUAUAUAUAUAUUUUUUUUUCUGCACUUUUUUGUGGCGCUUAAUAAAAAAGGCAUGCAAGUUUCUGGCUGUGUCCCAAAUCCCUCCCUCCCAAAUCACUCCCUAAGUAGUGAACUAGAUGUGUAAUAAUGCAAAAACUACAGCAUCCACUCGCAGAUAGCUUCAAAUGUUAUAUUUCUGAGUAAAUAUAUACAUAAAUACGGUUCUACGUCACAACUCACGCAUGCAGGUUUCUGGCUGUGUCUUAAAUCGCUCCUCACUCCCUUAGUAGUGAACUACAUAAGUAAUAAAAAUACCGAUAGCUCUAUAUUUUAGACUGUUUACUCAUAUAUAAAAAAUAAAUAAAUAAAUACUAUUUAUUACAGAUAUAUUCAAUUUGUAGUUUCCGUAGAAUCUUGGACUUGCUUCGUACACUACUUAGGGAAUAGUGAUUAGGGAGUAAUUUGGGAUUGAACCAUUGUAUUUCCCCUUUUUCUACUUAAUGUCUUUCUUUAUGCGGUUCUCUUUAGCGCCCCCUACAGUUCUAUUUUCUGAAUUUUUGCGUGAACAGGCAAAACGGAGCUUUACGAAAAUAAGCUGACAUCAUAACUCGUUCAUGCAUGCAAAUUUCUGGGUGCAUCUCAAAUUCCUCCUCACUCCCUAACUAGUGAACUACAUAGGUCAUAAAACGACAGCGUCUACAUGCAGAUAGGUAUACAUUUAAGACUAUUUACACAUAUAAUUACAUUUACGUACUGUUUUAUUACAGAUACAUUCGAUUUGUAGUUUAUGUAGAAUCUUGGACUUGAUUUGUACACUACUUAGGGAAUAGUGAAUACGGAGUAAUUUGGAAUUUCUCUUUAGCGCCCCCUACAGAUCUGUUUUUCAGCUUUUUCGCGUAGACAAAACUAAGCUUUACGAAAAUAUGCUGACAUCAUAACUCGUUCAUGCAUGCAAAUUUCUGGGUGCAUCUCAAAUUCCUCCUCACUCCCUAAGUAGUGAACUACAUAGGUCAUAAAACUACAGCGUCUACAUGCAGAUAGGUAUAUUAUAUAUAUUUAUAGAUAUAAUAUAUUUACAUUAAAAUAUUAUCUAUAUUUUAAUGUAAAUACUGUUCUAUUACAGAUGUAUAACUGUUUGAUUCAAUUUAAGAUCUGGAAUUUCUGUAGAACCCACGACUUGUUUUGUACACUACUUAGGGAAUAGUGUUUAGGGAGUAAUUUGGGAUUAAAACCUCUUUUUUUGGUGCUUGUGUUCUUUUUAGCUCCCCCUACAGGGCUAGCAUGCUAAUGCAAGCAUUUUUAAUACUGUUUGGACAAAAUUACUGUGUUUUCCAAUUUUUAAAUAUAUUCAGAUACGUGUGGACGAAGCCUUAAUAUUGAUUUAUUUUCUAAAUUUCUGUUUUUUAUUUUUUUUGUUUUUUGGAUAGUAACCCAGAAAUAUGGCGCCAAGAGGAGUGUGAUAUAUUCUUAUGCUGAUUAUUUAUUUUUAAAAAACCUUCUCGAUAAUUUUGACUGUAUUUUGUUUUUCUGUGAUUUCAGGAGUUCUGAAGUAUUCUAUUGUAAAAAAAUAAUAAUAAUAAUAAUUCUGAAAAACUGAAUAUCACAUUUAUUAGCAGAUUUAAACGGUACAUUAUUGAUCUUGUUUUUUUGCGCACUGCUUGCAGAUUUUAAGACUUUAAGAGAUUAUUUUUGUUCAGGUAGUAGAUUUUUUGUUACAUCAUUAGAUGCUUUUUUGAGUUUGAAAUACGAUGUGAAAUGCGGUAUUGGAUAUUUUGGAGUUUUCUGAGUAUCUGUGUUCAUUUUUGAAACAUUGUUACAUCCUAUUAAUAAAGACUUAUAAUAAUA